GCGGCGGCGGCCGGGCUCGGCCGAGCGGCCCGGAGCGCGGACCAUGGAGCCCCAGAAUAUCGAACCUUCCUCCAAGCCUCACCCGCCUGUCGUGGGCAAAGUGACUCAUCACAGCAUCGAAUUGUACUGGGAUCUGGACAAGAAAGCCAAGCGCCAGGGGCCUCAGGAGCAGUGGUUCCGGUUCGCCAUCGAGGAAGAAGACCCCAAAAUGCACACUUUCGGCAUCAUUUACACGGGGUACGCGACCAAGCACGUGGUGGAGGGCCUGGAGCCACGGACUCCGUACCGGUUUCGACUGAAGGUCACCAGCCCCUCCGGAGAAUUCGACUACAGCCCCGUGGUGGCCGUGUCCACGACCAGAGAGCCCAUCAGCAGCGAGCACUUCCACCGGGCGGUCAGCGUCCACGACGAGGAUUUGCUGGUCCAGAUACUGCAAGGAGGCAACAUCCAGGUGGACGUCCCCAACAAGUUCGGCUUCACCGCGCUGAUGGUCGCCGCCCAGAAGGGCUACACCAGGCUGGUGAAAAUCCUCGUUUCCAACGGCACAGACGUGAAUCUGAAGAAUGGAAGUGGCAAGGACAGUUUGAUGCUGGCGUGCUACGCCGGCCACCUGGACGUGGUGAAGUACCUCCGCUGCCACGGCGCCUCCUGGGAGACGCGCGACCUGGGCGGCUGCACGGCUCUGCACUGGGCUGCGGACGGGGGCCACUGCAAUGUGAUCGAGUGGAUGAUCCAGGACGGCUGUGAGGUGGACGUGGUGGACACGGGCUCGGGAUGGACCCCGCUCAUGAGAGUCUCCGCUGUCUCGGGAAACCAGCGGGUGGCCUCGCUGCUGAUUGAGGCUGGAGCCGACGUGAACAUGAGGGACAAGGACGGGAAGACGCCCCUGAUGGUGGCUGUCUUGAAUAACCACGAAGAGUUAGUCCAGUUACUUCUUGAGAAGGGGGCAGACGCAAGUAUAAAGAAUGAGUUCGGCAAAGGUGUCCUCGAAAUGGCCAGAGUCUUUGACAGACAGAAUGUGAUCUCCUUGCUGGAAGAAAGGAACAAGAAGCAAAUGCCCGAGAAGUCUCUGGUCCGCUGACCGCCGUCCGCUGGUCUCCGAAGGCCCAGGGCCACAGGGCAGGGCCUGGCUGUCGAAGCAGAGAGAUGCGGCUGCAGCCCAGGGGGCUAUCGCCGGAUUAUUUAUGUAGUCGAAGAUUGACAGUGACUUUUGUAACCUACAGAUCUACAACUGCUCCCAUUUUGAAAUACAUCGUUUUACCUAAGUGCCACCGUGUCCUCACUGGGGCCAUGGAACGUGCGUGUUUUCCUACACUUGUGUCUUUUGAGCUAGACAUGAAAUGAAGCAUUUAUGCACCAGAGCUGCUCGCACACAGGUCUCUUCCUUCU